UAACAUGGGCCAUAAUAAAAAUACACUCUUUGCUCAUAGUAGCAAGGUCCCUGAUACAAGUGAGAAAGGGAGAGAGAUAUUUUCCCAAUCCCCAGUUGUUUGUCAGCCACAUAACAUCAUCCUACGUGGCAUACAAUAAGACCAGUUAAAGCAAUCGAUGGCCGGGACGGGAUAAGAAAUCGAUAAGGCACAGAGCUUGACAACCCUCAGAUGGAUUCAUCAAUCCAUCCAACGGACACAGAUCCCCAUGACAGAUAAUCCCUCGCACCCCAAAAUCUAUUUCUCCACCAGCAAUUGCAUUUGCCGGCUCUAUAACCCUGCCAAGAAAAAGUGAAAAACACCACCAUAUCACACCACACGCCUCCCUCCCUGCCUCCUACUCUCUCAGAUCCUCUAGCUUCACAUUCGUCGACAUGGCCACCACCACCACCACCACAGCGGCCGCUACAUCCUCCUUCCUUGGAACCCGUCUUCCGGAGGUCCACUCCAGCUCCGGUCGUGUCCAGGCAAGGUUUGGUUUCGGACCCAAGAAAGCUCCUAAAAAGAUCGCAAAGCGCACCUCAGACCGUCCAUUGUGGUUUCCAGGAGCCACAGCACCAGACUAUCUGGACGGCAGCCUCGUGGGUGACUAUGGGUUCGAUCCCUUCGGACUAGGCAAGCCGGCCGAGUACUUGCAAUUUGAGUUGGACUCCUUGGACCAGAACUUGGCUAAAAACGUUGCCGGUGACAUCAUCGGAACCAGGACUGAAGUCGCGGACGUGAAAUCAACUCCAUUUCAGCCCUACAACGAAGUCUUUGGCUUGCAGCGGUUCAGAGAAUGUGAGUUGAUCCACGGAAGGUGGGCUAUGUUGGCUACUCUUGGCGCCUUGGCUGUCGAGUGGCUCACCGGAGUUACCUGGCAGGAUGCCGGAAAGGUUGAGCUUGUGGAAGGAUCAUCAUACCUGGGCCAACCACUUCCAUUCUCCAUGAGCACAUUGAUCUGGAUUGAGGUGCUGCUCAUUGGAUACAUUGAGUUCCAAAGGAAUGCCGAGCUCGACCCCGAAAAGAGGCUGUACCCUGGCGGAAGUUUCUUUGACCCGCUUGGGUUGGCUGCUGACCCUGAGAAGAAGGCUACCCUUCAACUUGCCGAGAUCAAGCAUGCCCGCCUUGCCAUGGUUGCCGCCCUCGGCUUUGCCGUCCAAGCCGCCGCAACCGGCAAAGGCCCGCUUAACAACUGGGCUACCCACUUGAGCGACCCUCUCCACACGACCAUUUUUGACACCUUUGGACUUUUCUCUUAGAACGCCAAACUGCUCUUCCUUGAACAUCCGCCUCCAAGUUGAGAACACCUUAAUGGAUUCUUACAUCCGUUCUCAUUAUGUAAAGAACUGUGUAAUUUGAAGAACUGAGCUUAAUUGAGCAGCGUAUUGCUACUAUUUAUA